GGCAACUAGACAACUUGAGACACGUCUUACAACUGAUACCUAUUGACUACAAAGAGAGUUUGCUGAGAAAUGGGAUUUUAUAAAAGGGAAAUGUCGAUACCCACAUCUGAACCUUCUAAAUUGAACGCAUCUCAUAUUGAUGAAGAGACAGAAUUGAAUUACAAAAAUAUAUAUCGGUUUCUAUUUGGCGGAAUCAUUCAGGGAAGCUGGAAAGAAACAGAACAUGGUUCUUCAAACUAUUAUGAUUUUCUAAAAGAAUUUUCCGUGUCGUUCUAUUUAUUCAAUGCAAGGGCUAUUGGUUUGACAUCGGAAGAAUUUGAGAAAUCAACGACGAUUUUGGCAUUGAUUAUCGGAAUACUGGGUUUCGUUGGAAAUAUCGUGACCAUCUGCACAAUUUUAUGCCAUAAAAAGUUUCAUACUCCAACAUUUGUUGCCAUCGGGUGCCUUGCAUUUUUCGAUAUGCUUAAUAUCAUCUCGGCUAUGUUAGAUAAAUUUUCGACUUUGGUAACUUAUCUUAAAAUUCAACAUCUUGUUUUCGAUAGAGCUUUUGGGAUUGCAAUUGGUUAUUUUCUACGUGAUAUACUUUUUAGCUGUUCAAGUUCACAAAUUGUUUUCCUCUAUAUGAUCAGAUAUUUAUUAACAGUUCAUCCCUUACAGAGCAAGAUUCGACUUACCCCCUCAAUUGUUUUGGCAUGCUCUGUGAUGAUUUGUACUUUUCUUUCCCUGUUUUCAGCUUUCAGAUUAAUAAUAAUAACAACGAUUAUUAAAGAUCCACUUCAUCUUUAUAAAAUCAUUCGUCUUAUCUCCGGUAUCAUUUAUACUCUUCUAGGGCUGCUUUCUAUCUGUGCGAUAAUUAUUAUACACAUCAAAAAAGAGAAAGCUUUAAAAAUCUCUCCUAUUACAAACAACAUCCAUAGAAAAAUGAAUGUCACUAUUUCCAUUAUAUUAUCAGUUUUUAUUUGCUUUCAAAUUUCAGUUUUAAUAUAUAACUCUGUUUUCUUUGCUUAUAAGCUUCAUAAUGAUAAUAAUAAUAUUUCAGAGACCUUUUUACUAUACACAUACUAUGUAGCAUUACUCUUCGCAUUUUUGAAUUUCUCUAGUAAUCCUUAUAUACUCUUUUUUGCUUCACAGAUCGUUUCAUAA